GUCCAACGCGCCUAAGCGACGGGAGUGUGAACGCACCAAGUUGCUUUGCAAUUCCCUGGCCUCCCCAGGAUUCAAGUCAAAGAGACGGAAGUGCACCAAACACCAAGGGAGUGGAUUUACUGAACUUCUUCCCUGUACCCGACAGUGCGUAGUAGCGCGGACUCUUGCCGUAACCCAAGACGGUAACCGUCGCUCAUAUUUAAGCCCGGACAAUGACGUCACACAGCGACAGCAACGCCCUGUCACCCUGAGGUUUUACUACAUUUCCCAGGAUGCUUUGCCAACAGCGACGCUAUUGGUCAGCGCCGACGGAAGAGCAUCUGACUGAGCGGAAGUAGAGGAUCUCAGAGGCGAAGAAGGUGAGGACGAGAGGAGCUGUGAAGCUAGUUUCAGCUUCACCUCCCUCACUGAUUCAGCAUGGGGGAGAAGUCAGAAAACUGUAGGGUUCCAGAGGAUCUGUUCAAUGGUUUGAAAGUAACAGAGCUCCAGGAAGCAGAGCGUGUUGACCCUCCAGUGUCUAAUGCCAAAGAUCACCAUUCCCAGAGCAAGCUGCUUAGCGAUGUUGAGGCCCAUCCCCAGGAGGACCAAGAAGAAGAGGAGUGCUUUCAUGAUGCAAGUGCCUCAUUUGAGAAGGAAGAGCCAGGAGUGGGCAAGGUUGAGAACAAACCUGAUAAUGAUGUGAAUUCUUCUGAACUAGAUGAAGAAUACCUAAUGGAACUGGAAAAAAACAUGCCAGAUGAAGAGAAAAAGAGAAGGAGAGAAGAGAGCUCUAGACUAAAGGAGGAGGGAAAUGAGCAGUUUAAGAAAGGAGAUUAUGUAGAAGCUGAAAGUACUUACAGUCGAGCCCUUCAGAUGUGUCCAUCCUCCUUCCAGAAAGACAGGUCUAUCCUGUUUUCAAAUAGAGCUGCCGCAAGGAUGAAACAGGACAAGAAAGAGAUGGCCAUCAGUGACUGCAGCAAAGCAAUUCAAUUAAACCCCAGCUAUAUCAGGGCAAUAUUGAGGAGAGCGGAGUUGUACGAGAAGACUGACAAGCUGGAUGAAGCCCUGGAAGACUAUAAAUCCAUACUAGAAAAAGAUCCGUCAGUACAUCAAGCAAGAGAGGCUUGUAUGAGGUUACCUAAGCAAAUUGAGGAACGUAAUGAAAGACUAAAGGAAGAUAUGUUAGGUAAACUAAAAGAUCUUGGGAACUUGGUUCUUCGGCCUUUUGGACUCUCCACAGAGAAUUUCCAGAUCAAACAGGAUUCCUCUACUGGCUCCUACUCCAUCAAUUUUGUUCAAAAUCCAGAUAAUAACAGAUAACAAAGAUAACAAUGGCUUUUAAAGCUGGCUUGGAAAUUGUAUGCUGCCUGUGUUAGCAAGGGGAAAGGCCCUGCCAGUGUUUAACGUUUAACAGCAUCUUAUCUCAAAGACAGGCUAUCUAGUAGAGGCCAGUGCUCCCUUCUCCCCCUUGUUUUAUGAUCAGGGUGAAACGCAGUUCCUGAUGUAAUGAGCCUAAUUUGAUUUCCAUUUUAAGGUGGUGUCUGUGCAGCUGUUGCCUUGGUUCUGGCUGUUCUUUGUUUUGUCCGGGAGAAAGCCUGCUUGUCCAGGCUCACCUCCCCGAGCUCCACAAAAACAAGCCCAGCUGGAGUCUCCUGGGCCGAGCAAACCUGCUGGUCGGAGACUGCCCAACCACGAUCGAUGGGGUCCCCACCUGCUGUUCCCUCGCCCCGAUCACACGCACUGCCCAGGCUGCCCUGCGUGGGCUCCAACAUCUCCUAAUUUCCUCUGUGGUAAUAAACGCUUUCUGUGACAGUC